UUGGAUUGAGGCGCAACUAGCAAGUAAGCGGACGUGGAAACUGGUUUGGUUUUGUGGGGCUUGCACCACUGCACCGCUCUUUCAGCGAGACAGUCCAAUUUAUGCAUUGCGGCUAUGUAGGGACUACACGAUAUCGAAACACUGCGCCCGGGCUUACUUCACUUACCGUCAUCAUUCGUUGCAAUAUUAUCAAAACUUUGCAAGUGCCUACAAGAUCAAAUUCACUGCAGGACAUCUUCUAUGGUUAUACAACACAGUGGUUAUAUUUUUUUACGCGGGUUCGAGGAAAGUUGUGCAAAAUAAAACGCGGAAGUGAAGCGAGACACACACGCAGCACGUUCGAGUUCGCGAAAAUAUUGGUGAAUUUCGCGGUAAUAUGAAUUUUAUACCAGUUGAACGAUUGUGACAGUUUUGUGACGUAUCUAGUGCUCUGUUCUACAAUAUACUCAAAAUUUAUACUGCAAAGGCUUCAAAUCUCGUGCAGCUAUGGCAGAAGGGAAUGGAGAAAUAAAAAUGGAAGAGAAACAGUCUAAGGAGGAAAUGGAAUAUGUAGACCGAACAGAAGACUUUUCCAAAUUAAUUCAAUACGGUUUGGAUGAAAAAGUAGCUGCAAAAUUGGACGAAAUUUACAAAACUGGUAAAUUGGCUCACGUGGACUUGGAUGAUAGGGCAUUGGACGCUCUAAAGGAAUUCCCCGUUGAUGGUGCUUUAAAAGUACUCACUCAGUUUCUUGAGUCGAAUUUGGAGCAUGUGUCAAACAAAUCUGCAUAUCUGUGUGGCGUAAUGAAAACCUAUAGGCAAAAAAGUAGAGCUGGUCAAGGCACUGGUACUGGUACUAGUACAACACCUAAAGCACCGGAUGAGGAUAAAAUCAAAAUGAUCCUUGAAAGAACUGGGUAUCCUUUAGACGUAACAACAGGACAAAGAAAAUAUGGAGGACCUCCUCCAAAUUGGGAAGGAUCUACUCCAGGAACCGGUUGUGAAGUAUUUUGUGGAAAAAUCCCAAAAGAUAUGUACGAAGACGAGUUAAUUCCAUUAUUUGAAAAAUGUGGAAAAAUUUGGGAUUUGAGACUAAUGAUGGAUCCGAUGGCAGGUUGCAACAGAGGAUACGCAUUUAUCACUUUUACUGACAGGGAAGCGGCUCAGCAAGCGGUCAGGGAGCUCGAUAAUCACGAAAUAAAACCCGGCGAGAAUCUGAAAGUAAAGAUUAGUGUUCCUAAUCUACGACUUUUCGUGGGGAACAUACCAAAGUCAAAAGGCAAAGAGGAGAUCUUGGAGGAAUUUGGUAAAUUAACAGCUGGCCUGACCGAGGUGAUUAUCUACAGUUCUCCGGACGAUAAGAAGAAAAAUAGGGGUUUUUGCUUCUUAGAAUAUGAAUCUCACAAAGCAGCUUCCUUAGCGAAACGAAGGCUGAGCACGGGCCGCAUCAAGGUAUGGGGCUGCGAUAUUAUAGUCGAUUGGGCAGACCCUCAAGAAGAGCCCGACGAGCAAACGAUGUCGAAGGUGCGUGUACUUUACGUAAAAAACUUGACACAAGAUUGUUCCGAGGAGAAGUUGAAAGAGUGCUUCGAGCAGUACGGUAACAUCGAACGAGUCAAAAAGAUCAAGGACUACGCUUUCGUGCACUUCGAGGAGAGAGAGAACGCGAUCAAGGCGAUGAACGAAUUGAAUGGAAAGGAAAUCGGUGGCUCCCACAUAGAGGUGUCUCUCGCGAAACCGCCGUCCGAUAAGAAGAAGAAAGAGGAAAUGCUCCGCGCCAGGGAACGAAGAAUGAUGCAAAUGUUGCAAGUUCGGAGCGGAGGUUCUCCGUCGCAUCCGAGCAUGAUGGGAGGACCGAUGCAGGUUCGCGGACCUGGUCAGGGUCCUCGCGGAACUGGUGCAGGUAUGCGAGGACAAAUGGGACGAGGCGAUUACGCUCUCGUGGAAAUAGAUUAUGAUUACGACUAUUACGGUUAUGGGGAUUAUCGAGGUGGCUACAGUGAUCCAUAUUACGAUGACUAUUAUCGAUACGAAGAUUACUAUUUCGAUUACGCGCCGCCUCCGCCACCUGCCAGAGGGAGAGGCAGGCAGCCUCAACCGGCUGGACGUGGUCGUGGAGUAGUGCCGCGUGGCCGAGUCGGUGGCCCGCAAGUCCGUGGCCCAGUCAGGGGGGGACGCAACCCCGCAACUACAGGGGCCCGUGGGCUCCAGCGGCUGUCCGCUCGUGGGGGGGUCCGCGCCAAGGGAAGUUUACCAGGUGAGGAUGCAGGUAAACGAAAAUUUGACGGGGGUCACCAGAACCAGGGGGAAUCAAAGCGUCGCUUCCAGAGCAACUGGGGAAACCAACCCCUCGCCCAACAACCAUUGGGCAAUGCGUACGGAUUGGCGAGUGUGAACGGUGGUAGUGGUGGUGGUGGUGGCGGUGACAUCGGAUUCGGCGGCAGACAAGCCGCGCUUGCCGGUGUCUCCAACGAUGAUCACGAGUGGUAUCAAGACUCUUACCAAUCGUGGAGCUAACUUCUGCGAGUCUGUGAGUGUGAAUACGCACGUACAACACAAGCACGAACGCACGCACGCACCAACAAACGUAAGAACCAACCAGUCGACGGAACGGAAUCGAACGAUCGGAACGCGCGUACGCUGGACGAGAGGAGAACAAAAGCAAAAGCGAUGGGACGUGAUAAGGAGAAGGAGAAGAAUGGAAAGGUUGGAUGGAAAGAUUGCUGCGCGGCAAACGAAUCGUUGGAAGCGGAACAAGCGGGUUACCCGGAACGGUUCGAGGAUACCAAGCGGAACGAGAACGAGGAGAACGGUGUGAAAAGGGGAGCCGAGAUUGGAGUUGAGAGCGGAGUCGAGAGCGGAGUCGAGAGCGGUAUCGAGAGUGGAAUCGAGAGUGGAGUAGAAAGUGGUAUCGGAAGCGGAGUCGGGAGCGGAGAUAAUGGUAGUUGCGAGGACGAAGACGGAGACGGAGACCGUGGCGGAAAGAAAAGGUAAUCGGGGAGCGAGUCUCGGUGCGAACCGUUUACCUCGGUGAGAAAGGAUCGUACGGAUGCUGAAGAGAAGAAAGGGAAACCGUCAUGGAGGGUUAGCAUGCGUUUUCGGGUACAUACGUAGACACGACGCUAAACGAAACGUAACGAAAGGAAAAAUGGUAGCAAAGAAACGCGAAGAAACGUGAAAACAAAAAAAAAAUGCGCGAUGCGACGUGCUCGGUGCCACCACCUUCGCCCGCUGUUGUUGUGAUUACAUAUACAGUGAUGUGCCACUGGAACUAAUUAUUACGUCGGAGUGACCACCCAACAACCCACCCCGUACUAUUAUUAUUAUUAUUAUAUAUAUAUAUAUAUUAUAUAUACAUAUAGAUAUAUAUAAUACGAUAAUACUAAUCUAAGUACCGCUACUGCAUUGUCACAUUGUUUACUGCCAAGUGAUACGAAGAUCGGCGAUGUUGACAUUGGGAUUGUGAUGACGAUGGAUCGUAUUAGUUAAGAGAAAUUCGCCGAGGCGAUAGCGAAAGCGACAGCCCACGGUUUUAUCGUGCCUCGGCUCGGAUUUUUGAGCCCUUGCGAGAAAAACGUGGCGCCGUACUCUUUCGAGCAUGUCAUGGGAAGGGAAUCGAUCGCGUUCGCAAAUCCGGACAAAUCCGGAACAGCGAAAGAGCGAUUGGAUCGAUAGAGCGAUAGAGCGAUAGAACGAAAGAGCGACGUACGAGGAGAAUAUUUAGAGAAUGUGUUAUCGAAACUGGGAAUAGUGUAACGAGAUCGAGAGAAUGGAUCGUGACAAAGUUUUAGGGCGCGAAUGGUAUUCCGUGUCGUGGACGUUCAUGUCACACCGCCUAGUUUCGAUCAAAGUUGCCCGGCCGAUAUCGACCAACCAAUUCGGCAACAGGUGUGCAAUGCACGUUUAUGAUUGUACGAAUGCGUCCCUGUGCGUGCGCGCACGCGAUCGCCGAAGCGAGACCGCCAAAGCGACCGCCUACGCAUUCGUACGUGUACGUAUCGGUGUUCGUGUUCGUCGUGUGUGUGCAUGUGUAUGCGUGGAGCGCGCCUAGCGCCGCUAGACCUUCUAUUGUUGGUCUAUAAUGUGUACAGUCAAUGAAACUAUUAUUAUUAUUAUUAAGG